AUGAUGAAAAUUGUUGAACUACGAAAAGAUGUUAGUAGACAAUUUCAAAUUGCAAUCUUAUUAGGGAAUGUUGAAGAACGGAUGAAAUUUCUUAGACAAUGCAAUCAAAAUUGGGGUUAUGAUGAAGUACAAAUUGAAGGUGAUGAAGAUGAUCUUAAUAGAGAAAAUCGUAAUGAUAAUCAAGAUGAACAAGAUGAAGGUUGGGGUGAUACUGAAAUUGGAUUACCACCUGGUCUUACACGGAAAGUAUUAAGUGUACGUGAAAAGAAUCCAAUUGAUGAACAUCCAUUAAAUUAUGAUGAAUAUAAUCCAUUUAAUAUUUGUGCAGCAUCCAAUGUACCACAUUUAUCGUAA